AUGCGCCGCCGGGUGCCCUGGCUCCUCUUCUUGGGCAUGGGCACCACCCUGGUGGAAGUGGAGAGGAAGUUCCUCGCACCACCCGGCCUUGCCGAAAAGGUAGCGGGGCUGGGCGGCAAGUGCCUCGGCGUCAAAGAGUUUACUGACCGUUACUGGGACGACCGGAGCUGGCGCCUGACCUCGCAGGACUGCUGGCUGCGGCAGCGCGACGGCGCCUGGGAGUUGAAAGUGCCAGCCUCCAAAGCGCGGCGCCGCUCGGGCGGAGAGACCACCGAGUUCCUGGAGCUCACGGAGCUGGCUGCCAUCCAGAAGACCCUGCGCGAGAUGGGUAUCGUGGAGGAGGGUGGCGAUUUGGAGUCGACCCUGCAACCUUUCGCCACCAUCGCCACCAAGCGCCAGAGCUUUGAGUUUGGGUCCGUGCGCGUGGAUUCCGACGAGGCAGACUUUGGGCACAGCGUCAUGGAGAUAGAGGUCAUGGCCACGAGAGACGCUGUCGACAAGGCGAGACAGGAUAUCGAAGAGGCUGCCAAGCAGCUUGGCGCUGAGCCUCUCCCGGAGAAGACGGGCGGGAAGGUGGACAGCUACAUCCGCCGCUUCUGCCCUGAGCUGCUGAAACGCCUCGUGGAAGCUGGGGUAUUGGAGUAA